UCGACCUCGAUGAACGACCGGGUGCUUGAAUGUUGACUAACACCACGGCAACUGAGACUCGUUUGGUCGACUAAUAGUGUCAUGAUGCUGUCGUGUAUCCUGUCAAGAUGCGCAUGUUACGCAGAUGUUUCGGUGCAUCUCACAACAAGAACUUGAUGUUGUACGAGUGACAAGCCGACCGGCAUAAACUCUUAUAGUAUUGCAUGCAUAUGUACCAAGGUUGAACGCCAAAGACGAAAGGUGAACAGCAGCUCUAGCCUUCCUUAUCGCGCAGAUCUACGCAUCUCCGCCAUCGCGGGAAGACAAACCUACAUCAUCCUUGUAUGACGCAUACAGGCCGGCAACCUCCCGCGGAUGGUACUCGCAGUGACAACGAGCGCAGCUAUAAGAGUCUUUGCACAGACCGCAACAAAAGGGUUUUGGCUAUUCAACCACUAAACGCCUUUCCCCUGAAGCAAACGGCGUAUUUCACGGUCGGCAUCAUGGUCUCAGCUUGGUUUAUCGUGAAGCUCUUAGUGGCCUUCACACCUCUGACUAGUAUCGUUGCACAGUAUACCACAGAUCCAGUCUUCCCCAAGCUUUUGGACGCGACUGCAGACGAGUUGAUCUCUGGACUCGAGACAGGUGGUUUCACAAGCCUGGAUCUGGUCGAUGCGUAUGUCGGGCGCAUUCUCGAAGUCAAUGCAACCCUACACAUGGUCACUGAGAUCAAUCCGGAUGCUUGGACAAUUGCGAAGGAACUUGACGAAGAGCGCUCGUGUGGCAAGAUCCGGGGUCCUCUUCACGGCCUCCCAAUCCUUAUCAAGAACAACAUCGCGACUGCAGACGAGAUGAACAACACCGCUGGAUCGUUCUCUUUGCUCGGAGCCAAGGUCCCUCGUGAUGCUACCGUUGCUUCCAAACUUCGCGCUGCUGGCGCAAUCAUUCUCGGCAAAACCAACCUGUCCCAGUGGGCUAACUAUCGAUCUGCAAACUCUUCCAAUGGCUGGUCUGCCUACGGUGGUCAGACGUAUGCUGCUUACUAUCCUGGCCAAGAUCCUAGUGGCAGCAGCAGCGGUAGUGGUGUAGCGGCCAGUCUGGGGUUGGCUUUCGGCACUCUGGGCACUGAGACUGAUGGCAGUAUUGUAUCGCCAAGUCAGCUGAACAACAUUGUUGGCAUUAAGCCUACUGUCGGUCUUACGAGCAGAGCUCUGGUCAUCCCCAUUUCAGAACACCAAGAUUCCGUUGGACCCAUGGCACGCACCGUCAAAGACGCCGCGUACAUCCUACAAGCAAUUGCUGGACCUGAUCCGUACGAUAACUACACAUCCGCUAUUCCAUGGGCCUUGAACGCUACCAAUACCACCAAGCCGGACUAUGUUGCAGCCUGUAAGCUAGAUGCACUCGUUGGCAAGCGCAUUGGCAUUCCUCGUAACGCACUCGGUAGACGUACUGUUGUUUCCGCACCAGUAUUUGAUGCGUUCGAAUCUGCCGUUGCUAUAUUGCAGGAAGCUGGCGCAAUCAUUGUAGACAACACGAACUACACCGCCUACGCCCAAUACUUGAACUCCACUGCAGAGGAUACGGUCCUCUCUGGCGACUUCGGACCCAAUCUUGCUGCAUACCUUGCACAGCUGACAUACAACCCCAAUAAUGUCAGUGAUCUCAAAGAAGUACGGAACUUUACGCAGACAUUCCCGGCGGAAGAGUACCCCAGUCGCGACACCGCUGUCUUUGAUUCCUCCCUGGCUCUGAACUUCACCAACACAGAUGCUCAGUUCUGGGCCGCGUAUCAGGAAGACCUGUUCCUCGGCGGCCCUGGUGGUAUCCUCGGUGCCCUUGAAACAUACAAUUUGGAUGCUGUCGUACUUCCUACCCGAACAUCAUCCAGUAUCAGCGCUAUCAUUGGCGCUCCACUAAUCACCGUUCCCUUGGGUGCAUACCCGUCAAAUACCACAGUGAUCCAGAACGCGCGUGGGAAUCUUAAUGCCACUGCGCCCAACGUUCCUUUCGGUAUUGCUUUCGCUGGCAAGUAUUGGAGCGAAGAGAGCCUGAUCGGGUUUGCGUACGCAUACGAGCAGCGUAGCAACGUGAGGACUAAGGUGAAGCCAUACAUGCAGCCAACUAUUGAGCUCGUCGAUGUCGUCAGGAGCAAGACCAACAAGCUGUGAAAAUGGGGAACUUGAUAGUUCAGAUAUCAAAUGGAUAAUGUGAU